CACUCUCUGGUCCCGCCCCCCCGAUGAUGCAAGUGUGACUGCUGGCAUCUUCAUGAGCUCCAGAGGUCACAGCACGCUCCCGCGGACUCUCAUGGCUCCUCGGAUGAUUUCCGAGGGAGACAUAGGAGGCAUUGCUCAGAUCACUUCCUCUCUCUUCUUGGGCAGAGGCAGUGUGGCCUCCAACCGGCACCUCCUCCAGGCCCGUGGCAUCACCUGCGUCAUCAAUGCUACCAUCGAGAUCCCAAACUUCAACUGGCCCCAGUUUGAAUAUGUUAAAGUGCCUCUGGCUGACAUUCCUCACGCCCCCAUUAGACUGUACUUUGACACUGUGGCUGACAAGAUCCACAGUGUGAGCAAGAAGCACGGGGCUACCUUGGUGCACUGUGCUGCAGGAGUGAGCCGCUCGGCAACCCUCUGUAUCGCGUACCUGAUGAAGUUCCACAAUGUGUGCCUGCUGGAGGCAUACAACUGGGUCAAAGCCCGGAGGCCCGUCAUCAGGCCUAACGUGGGUUUCUGGAGGCAGCUGAUAGACUACGAGAGCCAGCUCUUCGGGAAGUCCACGGUUAAGAUGAUACAGACACCCUAUGGCAUCAUUCCAGACGUUUAUGAGAAGGAAGCCCGACACCUGAUGCCUUACUGGGGGAUUUAGUGCUGGCACAGCCAGCAUCCACGGCCCCUCUGCAGUACCAGCAUCUGCCACACACCGUCUGCUCCGCUCUUCCUCUCUCUGGCUCACAUGCAAGUGUUUCUACACUGGGUGUUCAGAUUUAAGAGAGGCAGAGGGGAAACACAUACGUUUUUUAAGACUAGCAUUUUGAAAUAGUGACCAUGAAAAUCUCUAACUGGCCUUUAAUCAUUUUUAACAACCGGAACAGUGUAGGCUACUGUUCCUGCUUUCUUUCUGGCUCCUGCCUUUUGGGGCCUUGGGCAGGUGCAGGAAGAGCUCUUUGCAGAUAUUACUUUGGGCCCUGAUUAACCCUCUAAGAGACCAGCUUUGCUUAUGGCUGUCGGC